UCCUUCGUGAUGACUUUAGCAGAUCGAAAUAAUACCAGCUUGAAGCCGCCUAGCUGUUGGAUAUUACGGAAGGUUUCGGGGUUUAUCGCUACAUUAAAGCAUAUUUGGGAUGUACAUGGCGUGAAAUUGCAUAUCCAUAUGUAAUUCCAUUCUUGCCGAGGUUCCAAUGCAAGUUCUAAGGUCUUAAAACAUUAAAUAGAUUUUUCAUCGAUGCGGGCUUAAUGAAACUUAGAAAUUAUUUUGAUAUGUGUUUUGAUGCCGUGGCCUAAUAUGAGGUAAAUGAACGCAACGUCAUAGUGACGCAAUGCGACGAGGUCCAAGCGGAGAGGAUUUACAUCUUUCAGACGAAAACGAUAGCUGUGGUUCAACUGAGGACAACCAAACUUCUGGAAUCCGGAAAAGAAAAUCCCGAAAUUAUUCUGACGGAGAGGACAAAACGUGUAGCUUUAACUUUGACGGAACCCCCGUCCCAAAGCAGCGGAUGGCUGCUAACGCUCGUGAAAGGGACAGGACGCAUAGCGUCAACACGGCGUUCGUGACGCUUAGGACGCUUAUUCCUACAGAACCUGCUGACCGGAAAUUGUCAAAAAUUGAGACUUUGAGACUAGCCACGAGCUACAUAGCUCACUUAAAUACGGUGCUGAUGGUGGGAUCGGAUUGUGUCGACCAACCGUGUAUAAAGCAUCAGGCCAUGAUUAGAGGCGGGGUGGACAAUGUACCCAAACCUGUGUGCACAUUUUGUCUGAGCGCCUCCAAAACGAGACCGAUUCGUGGAGAUAGCUGUAUGUACAAGGAGGCUAGAAACACCAACAACUGCCGCCGGUAGACGGGAGCAGUCAUUAUUUAUUUGUAAAUUUCUUCAUAGUUGUUAAAUAAAUUAAGAAUGCUGUC